AAAAAAAAAAAAAACAUCAAAAACUUGUAAUUCUAACAAUCAAAUAAUUCUGAAAAUCAUUUUGCAAAAUGCCAACUUACACCAGAGAGGAACUUCUAGCCAUUAGGGAGAAGAUGAAGUCUUCCCAAUCGCAGCAGCAGAGCGAGAAGCCGAAGCCCGAGGGUCCCGCAAAUGCCAGGCAGCAGCCCGAUCUCGAUGCCCUGGUGGGCCCCAUUCGUUCUCUGUGGAAGAAGGCCAAGGACAUUCAAAAGCACAUCGACGUCUUCUAUGCAACGGCUGAACAGCGCAAGUUGAUGAAUGGCGGCCAAGAUGAGCGCGCCCUGAAGGUCUUCCGGGCUGCCAGGAUUUCCCUGGCGAAGUUUCAUAUCCAGCUGCAUCAGAAGAUUUACGCCAUGACCCUAUUGGGACUGCCAUCGAAGCACGCGCAGGCGCAAAUGUUGAACAGCAAGCCGAGUAUGGAGAUGAUUGAUAUUCUGAAGCAGCAAGUUGAGCAUCACACCAAGCAGAUGAAGAAGCUGAAGAAGCUGCUGGAGGACCAGAUGAAGGUGCUGGAGAAACGUUUCGUCAAGAUCGAUCUGGCCAUCAAACAGCUCAACAAGGAAUAUAAGAACGGCGAGCCCUUGGCCAAACGCCGUGCGAGCGGCUCAGCUGCAGUUGGAGCUUGGCGACUUUGUUUCGCAAAUGACUCUUGGGCUUGGUUUUAA